AUGAGCUCGAUAACUCCAACGGUUGUAAGGAACUGCGUGUUAAACUCUGGUUUCUCAUUCACUAACAGGACAAAUGCCUGGCUAGGAACCUGGUGCAGAAACAUCAAGACGCCUUUAUAUAAGAAUAUCAAAGAUUAUCAAAAGUUCAACCACUUCCCCGCCAUCUAUCAAAUCGGUCGGAAGGACCACCUACAUCGCAACAUCACCAGAAUGGUCAACAACUUUGGAUCGGAACAAUUUGGAUUCACCCCACAAACGUUCAUCUUGCCUGCUAACAUGAAGGCAUUUUUCGCUGCAUGGAAAGCCAAUCCCUGCAAGAAAUGGAUCAUCAAGCCACCGGCGUCUGCAAGAGGACUUGGCAUAAAAGUGGUAAGCAAAGUAGACGAUGCCUUGGUUUCUCGCAUGAUAAUCAUUCAAAAGUACAUCUCCAACCCGUAUCUGAUCGAUGGAAACAAGUUUGAUAUGAGGAUAUACGUAUAUGUAUCUUGCUUCAAUCCACUGAGGGUUUACAUGGGCAGGAAUGGGUUGGCCAGAUUUGCUACUGCUAAAUACUCCAACAAGCAAAACAGUUUGAAGAACAGAUUCGUACAUCUAACUAAUUACAGUAUCAAUAAGAAGAAUUCAGAUCUUGAAGUCAUUGACUCGUCUAACGCUGCUGACGGGACUUUGCUGGCUCUCUGGAAUUAUUUGGAUAAGAAAGGAGUCAACAGUAAAAUGAUAUGGGAGAGUAUUAAAGAUAUCGUCGUCAAGACUAUAGUUAGUUCGGAGACGCACAUAAGAAACUUAACGAGCUUAAAAACUAAGAAUCCGUACUGCUGUCACGAGCUCCUGGGCUUCGAUGUUCUACUCGAUCAGGAUUUAAAAACCUGGUUACUAGAAGUUAAUAUAUCUCCAAGUUUGCACUCAUCAACAGAGUUGGACAGAAGCGUGAAGGAGCCAAUGAUAGUUGACAUCUUGAACACAGCUGGAUACAGGAUACCAGAAUCCUUUGAUCUCAUAUCUUCUGGGAAUAAACAUGUUGAUUGGAACACGUACACCCCCUCCAACAAUGUGUGCAUUGACAAAAGGUUCCACAAUAGAAAACUUUCGCAUGAUGACAAAGAGAAGCACAGUAUAUACCAACAGGCGUUUCUCGAACAGGAAAAACUGACGGCUAACGAUUUGAAGGUACUGAUCGACACCAUAGAUGAACAGAAGAGAUGUGGUCUGCUGGAAGUCGUCUAUCCAACUAGAUCAACUCUAUGCUACUUGAAGUACUUCGAUAAUCCUCAUUACUAUAACCUUCUAGUGCAAGCCUGGUGUAUUAGAUAUCCAACUGACGAUGCCGAAGGAAUAAUAAUGUUGAACAAAUAUUGCUGGCACGAACUACACCUAAAGACAACGCCAUCAUCUAACCACGAAUGA